UUCGAUACCAAACAUAUUCACACGUUUAUAAUGUAGAUUAAAGUGUUUAGGACGCUCCAGCGCCUCUUUAACCCCACCCCAGCAGCUGCCUCCUCCGCCUCUGGACUCGCUCUCCAGUUGGGCACCGCCUUGCGCCGACUCAACCCCUUGCCCUAAACCGUACCCGGGCGCUCCCGACCCUCGCCGCCGGCGGUGGAGCGCCGUCCCUCCUCCUCGCUCCGCUGCACGCUGUUGACAGUUGUGAUCUCUGGAGACACUCUUCCCGUUUUUUGUGUCGUUGUUUGAUGUGGUUUGAUGGCGAGUAAUAUGCAGCCUUCUGGGCUGCCUCAGCCUCCCAGGCCUUCCAUGAUGGGUUCUAGUGCUCCACCACAAAAUCUCGGACCACCAAUGCCUAUGCAGUUUAGGCCAGUGGGUCCUCCACAACAACCUCCUCAGUUCAUGCAACCAGCGGCACAGCAGUUUCGACCUGUUGGUCAGCCUAUGCCUGGAGCUAACAUUGGCAUGCCGGGGCAGAUGCAACAUUUUGCGCAACCUGGGCAGCAUUUGCCUCACUCCGAUCAAGUUCCACCCUCAUCCCAAGCGGUUCCUAUGGCAUAUCAGCCAGCUAGACCAAUGUCAUCAGCACCUCUGCAGCUGCAGCAACAAGCUGCAUAUCAUGGUGGCCAUUUGCCCACCAUGGGUGCCCCUAUGCCACCCCCGUCCUACACUUAUCAACCAACAUCAGUUCCUCCUGUAAUGCAACCCUGGGGUACAGCUCCAGGCCAGAGUGUACCUCAUGUGACAGCUCUGGUGCAGCCUGGGCAUCAGCCAGUGUCUGCUCCAGCAACUUUGCCCUCAGUCAACUCGUCUCAGCCUAGCUCUUUGGAUUGGCAAGAGCACACUGCGACCAAUGGAAAAAAGUACUACUUUAAUAAGAAGACAAGGCAAUCAAGUUGGGAGAAACCUGUUGAGUUGAUGACACACUUGGAGAGAGCUGAUGCCUCAACUGAAUGGAAAGAAUUUACUACACCAGAGGGUCGAAAGUAUUAUUACAACAAAGUGACAAAGCAGUCGAAAUGGACUAUUCCUGAUCAGUUAAAGGUUGCUCGUGAAUUGGCAGAAAAGGCAUCAAAUCAACAACCUGACCAAGAAACGGGAACAACUGCUGGUGCUCUUGUUGGAUCUACUUCUGCGGAACCUUCUACUGUACCUGCUAAUCAGUCUUCAUCUGCAGUUGGUAUAAUUGCUUCCAGCUUGCAUGAUGCAUCAGGAAACUCUGUUCCUCCUGAUGCUGGCCCAUCAAAUAAUGUAGACAACACGUCCAGUUCUUCCAAUGUUAGCAUGCAAAACGGUGGUCCAAGUACUGCUGUUGUUCCUGUUACAAGAAGCACUGAAGUUACAUUAGUUGCAACCGAUGCAGGGACUAGCAGAACGUAUAACAUGUCUCUGCCAUUCCGCUUACACAACAAUGAUAAUUCAUCUAUAGUAAGCGCUGCUGACACAGAAGACGGUACAUCUGCUGCAGAUUUAGAGGAGGCCAAAAAGACCAUGCCAGUCGCAGGGAAGAUCAAUGUCAUGCCACUGGAGGAGAAAUCCAGUGAAGAAGAACCUGCAGUCUAUGCCAAUAAGUUGGAUGCAAAAAAUGCAUUCAAAUCCUUGCUUGAGUCGGUAAAUGUCGAGUCUGAUUGGACAUGGGAUCAGGCUAUGAGAGUUAUCAUAAAUGACAAUCGAUAUGGUGCUUUGAAAACUCUUGGAGAGAGAAAGCAAGCUUUUAAUGAGUACUUGAACCAGCGCAAAAAGUUUGAAGCCGAAGAAAAACGUGUCAAACAGAGGAAAGCACGUGAUGAUUUUCUUGCAAUGCUGGAAGAAUGCAAGGAGCUUACAUCAUCGACAAGAUGGAGCAAAGCAAUACUUAUGUUUGAAGAUGCUGAAAGGUUCAAAGCUGUUGAGCGUCCAAGGGAGCGUGAAGAUUUAUUUGAGAACUAUGUUGUGGAACUACAUAAAAAGGAAAAAGCCAAGGCUGCUGAAGAACACAAAAGGCAUGUAGCGGAGUACAGAGCUUUUCUGGAAUCAUGUGACUUCAUCAAGGCAACUACCCAAUGGAGAAAAGUUCAAGAGCGGCUGGAAGAUGAUGAACGCUGUUCCCGACUUGAAAAGAUCGAUCGCUUGGAUAUUUUUCAAGAGUACAUACGUCAUCUGGAGAAAGAAGACGAAGAGCAAAAGCGGAUACAAAAGGAGCAAGCAAGGAAACGAGAGAGAAAAAAUCGUGAUGAGUUUCGUAAAAUGUUGGAAGAACAUGUCGCUGAUGGCACACUUACUGCAAGAACUUGGUGGCGUGAUUACUGUACACAGAUAAAGGAGUCACAUGCUUACUUGGCAGUAGCCUCAAACUCGUCUGGUUCCACGCCAAAAGAGCUCUUUGACGAUGUGAUGGAGGAGCUUGACAAACAGUAUCAAGAUGACAAGGCCCAAAUUAAAGCAGCAGUGAAAUCUGGGAAGAUUCCUAUGAUGACCUCAUGGGCAUUAGAGGAAUUCCAAACUGCUGUUGUGGAGGAUGACACUCUUAAAGGAAUAUCGACAAUCAACAUCAAGCUUAUUUAUGAUGAUCAGAUUGAAAGGUUCAGGGAAAAGGAGCAAAAGGAGGCUAAGAAGCGCCAGCGAUUGGGUGAAAAUUUUUCAGAUCUUCUGUAUUCAAUCAAGGAAAUAUCAGCUUCUUCAACAUGGGAUGAUUCUAAACAACUAUUCGAAGACAGCCAAGAAUUCAGGGCCUUGGACAGCGAGAUUUACGCUAAAGAGCUUUUUGAAGAGUGUGUUGUCCACCUUAAAGAAAGGUUAAAAGAGAAAGAGCGUCUGAGGGAGGAAGAAAAGGCAAAAAGAGAGAAAGAGCGUGAAGAGAAAGAGAGAGAGAAAGAGAAAGAGAAAGAAAGGAAGGAGAAAGAACGCAAAGAAAAAGAAAGAGACCGGGAAAAAGAAAGAGAAAAGGAAAAAGGGAAGGAUCGAUCAAGGAGAGAUGACAUGGAGAUUGAUGGUGCUGAUGUGGACACCCAUGGUUCAAAAGAUAAGAAAAGAGAGAAAGAUAAAGAAAAGAAGCAUAAGAGACGCUACCAUGACACAGAUGAUGUAAGCUCUGAAAGGGAUGAUAAGGGCUACUCUAAGAAGUCUCGGAGGCAUAGCAGUGAUCGCAAGAAAUCUAGGAAGCAUACACAUACUUCAGACUCUGAUAGUGAAAACCGGCACAAAAGACAUAAAAAGGAUCGAGAUAGUUGCCGAAGAAAUGGUGCACAUGAGCUUGAAGAUGGUGAACUUGGAGAAGAUGGGGAGGUUCAUUAGUCUUUCCUUGUGCUACCAAGAUACAUUGAUCUCCAGACUUGUGACACAUCAUGGAUUUGUUGCCAUCUCUUGCCUGUUGGCUUUGCCUUGAAGCUUGGCAGCUGCUGGUCCUUUUGGUCAGACAUGGCAAUAACACCAGCACAAGGUGGUUUGUGAUUGAAGUAACCCAAUUUGUGACAAGUCUGGUACUUAUCCUGCUUUGUGAACGGAUGUACUUUUGGACGACGCUGCUGAUCUUGUCACGAUGAUGUUCUGAGCGUUUGCUUUUGUUGCAAAUAUGUCAGGAUAGUUGAUGUUGGAAGAGUCAGUGUUCAUUGUAGUACGGUUUUCAGGUACCAAUUUAUUCAGGUUAUGCUCUUAAGUCGUAAGGUUUCCUGUUUAUGGAGGUGAUAGCGUUUCAUAAUGCAUUCUUUCAGUGUUGUUGGCUCAUGCCGAUAUGUGGUCUGUACUCUCGAAUUGUACACUAUUACAGCCUUUGGUUAACCUUCCAUUCUUUUCGUCUGAAAA